UUGUGCGAGCGAAUUCGCGUGCGAUGACCGUUGUGGAUGGAGUGAACGUACAAAUAGUCGAACGAGAUUAGUGGCGAUCAUUAAUACGCGACGAGAGAGCGAAGGCGCCUGAACCGGCCGGUAUCCAGCCAGCUGACAGCAUGUUUCGCUCGAAGAAGGACGUCGAUCGUCACGUCCAAAAUGUCUUCAGCAAGCUACGGAACGAAAACGAGAAAGAUCUUCGUUGUUAUAAUGUUGCCAAACUGUAUUAUCAAGUAGGUGAUUAUGAAUCCACAAAAAGAUACGUAUCUAAUUAUUUAGGAGUACGAGAUGGUUCAGCUAGUGCACACAAGUUGUUAGGUCAAGCAUAUGAGGCUCUUGGCCAAAAGGAAGCAGCUUUUAAUGAGUAUAAAAUUUCUCUUGAACUUGAAGGCAGACAGGAUGAUCUUGUCUUAAAAGUAUGUGAAUUAUUGGCUGACUUGGAUAUAGGAAUGGAUGUUAAUAAAGUAGAAUAUUGGGUAGAUAGAGCUGAUAGACAAUUUCCACAUCAUCCAGUAGUUUUUCAAUUGAAAGAGAAAUUGUUGACUAUAAAGAGACCAAACAAUAGCACUGAGGAUUUCGAAAAACUCAUUAAAUCUGAAUUGAUUGCAAGACCAAAUGAUGUCCAGCUUCCCAUAAAAUUGUUAAAUCAUUAUAUGUUGGAGCGCAAAUUUGAUAAAGCUUAUGAAUAUGCCGUUAGUGUGGAAGCUGAUGUUCGUCAUAGAAACAGCAUUGUGUGGUAUCAGCUACUAUACGAGUUAUUAACAAAAUGUAAAGAGACUAAAUCUUUUGAUUGGUCCUUCUGGUUUCUUUAUAUAUCUGUAUCAGAUAGAUAUGCAGCACUAUGUCUUAAAGAACAAGGCAGUGAUAUAAAGAAAAGCAUUUCAGAAGCAACACAAGCAGUAUUCAAUUUUGAUCAAAACCUAUAUGAGAUGGAGCUAAAGAACUUUUCUAAGCAGCAUGCCUUUACGGAGCACUUGUUUACGCAUAUGUGGGGUCAAUUACAUUUCCAUUUGGCGUGUUUAUUACUGCGCAAAACGAAACGCGAACAAGGUAGCUGGAGCGAAGCGGGAAGAUUAUGUGCGCCUCUGUUAUUAAUCGCUUUACAUAUGACUCCACUGGAAAUGCGUACGAGUAUACAUCUCGAAGAUGACGCAUCUAAAAAUCAAUUAAAUAUAUGGAUUAAAGAAGCCGCAUAUCGAUGCUGUCAAGCUGGUUACAUUCUUCAAAAUUAUGCCAGAGAUGAUACAAAGAAGCUAUUGGAUAGAAUUGAUAAAUUUUGUACAGGACUCUGGAGAGAGCGUAUCUAUCAGAGAAUUUUCGUAACCAGAACACAUCUUGAUCAUAUGCAGAGUUCAUUUUUUUGCAACUAUUCAGCUUCUGACCCACCUUUACGUUUUUGCACUGCAAGUCAACUAAGACAUUACAGUCAAAUCGCACAAGAAGUAUGGCCGUCUUCUUUGCAUCAUCAAAUCUGGUUCGGAAUGGAGAAUCGACCUCAGCACAAAGACGCUCCAUAUCCAGAUCAAUAUUCGCGUGUAUUUCCAUCACUACAAUUUUCAGUAUUCAAUACAAAUCAGGCAGCACCUGAUACUCUAUGUCUCCUCGAUAUCGACGCAUUUCUCAAUGCAGCAAUACUCUGCUCAUCUGCCGUUCUGGAGGAACAACAACUUGGUAGUUUCAUAAAUCCUGAGAGAUUGCCGACAUUGCCGGUCGAUUUGACCGCAACGUUAUCUACCAGCAAUCAAGAAAAAUGGUGGUCCGCGGCAUAUAAAAUGUGCUCUAAACGUCAAGAUGUAGACAGCGAUAUCGGCGAACUGCGGCAAGAAUUGCAGCAGGGUUUGGAAGUCGUUCGUUGCAUUGGCAAUCACGGUAUGCAUCCGGUGUUGUUGGUGCAUCUGGCACGCAUGUUUCACUAUCGCGCUAAGAUGAUGAAAGAGAAAGAUGCGGAGAAUGGCUACAUUCCUAGAUGGGAAACACGUUCCGAGCUAUACUGGACCGCUGUUAUACCGCUGUUGGAGAGAUUGCAGAAUAAUCAAACUUUACGUAUGUCAUCGUCGAAGCUGUUUAACUAUCAGGGCAAAGAGAUGAAUAACUUUGAAUUAACAAAUGCCCUCGAAGAAGGCAAAUUGUUGCUGGCACAGCGGCUCGUGCGCGACAAGCAAUACGAGCAGGCAAUCGACGCUCUUCAGGCGCUGAAAUGUCCGGAGGCAUCGUUCCAGCAAGCACAAAUCUACAAAAUGUUCGCGGACGAGAUAGUAAAUUCUACGCCUCGUGAAAGUCUAACAUCAGAAAUGCGAUCGCAACACGUCAUAAUGUUAACGAAAGCAAGAAACUGCUUCUAUCUCACAUUGGACCGGCUUCGUAGUCCUGGCACGAAUCCCAAGCAUCCGCUGAAUGCUGAGCUUGGUACUCAUAUCACCGAUAUCGAAAACGAGUUAAAAAGGAUAGAUCCAGAUCUGGGAAGAGGCGAUUUGAGUAGAAAUGAUAUCGAUAAUAUAUCCGACGAGAGUUAUUCGCCCACUCAUAGCGCCGUAGAUCACGCAGUCACAAAUCCAACAUUACUAACUACAUUACCAGUCGGAAAUAAUUCGAAUAUGUUGAGCACUCCUCAAAGGAAUGCUCAUCGUACGCCACGUCAUGCCAGUACACCAUGUAGACUGCAAUACCAAGAUUACUUGAAUCUAUCGAAGAAUCGUACGGAAGCACGUCCAAGUCCGGAGCGUCUUGAUGCUCAGAUACGUCAAAUCAUACAAUCCCGGGAUAAUGAGAUGCAGGAGCUGAUGGAACAAAUGAAGAACAUGACGAUACAAAUAAAGACGUUAAAUGAGAAAGUGGAAACUCUAACGAAAGAGGUGGUAGAAUCGCGUAAAGAAAAUCAGAAGCAACAACAGCAGCAGCAGCAGCAGCGUGUACAGCAACAGAACGUCAAUCCCGCCGUCGAUCCCGAUGAUUUCUACGUCCUCGACGAUGACGAGUACGCCGAUUUGAGUUACCAGAAUCAACCAACCGGACCGGCGUCUUCGAUUUCCGGAAACAUAUUCGCAUCCCAGCACGCUCGGCAUCCUUAUUCGUCGCUAGUAUAUCCUUCCGCGGCUGCCGCCGCCGCUUUCCAAGGAUGGAAUUAUCAGAGUGGAAUACCAUUUACCGAUCCGAAUGCUCAAGCGGCUAUAUCAUCCUUAUAUCCACAUACUGUUUAUCCAAUGCCAGUGCUGUAUCCCAAUCAAUCAAAAGUCCCGGAUAAUCCGUUGCAGCAAGGUCUUUUCGCGUCGACACUUUCUUCGCAACUGCCCGAUCUUAUGCCGGCAGCAGCCGCGACGAAUCCGUCAUUGCAGAUGCAACCGCUGCAACAGAAAAUCGAGACUCCGCGGACGAAACCUGAGACGACGAUAACAACAACGACAACAAUCAUCAAAGAUGCACCAGUAAACAAGGCACCACCUGUGAACGUGGUUAUCACAACAUCUGAUACACUACCGACCACAGUGCCAUCCAUUCAACCGACCUUAAGCGUCACGAUACCACCGCAGUAUCGAUUGGGAGGAGGAGCAGUUGUCACUUUUUCCACGCCUAUAACGACAGCAAUUACGGUAACGAUAGCUACAGCGUCAACGACAAUGACGACGAAAUCGUCAUCGUCAUCGAACGCACCACACUGUUACCAGAUUGCCAUGCCUUCGCAGGCCACUAUACCAACUACUGUCAAUUUACCGCCGACUACUAUCUAUGUAACACCAACUAACAUCAACAUAUCACCAAUGUACGCUAAUUUGACAACAUCCAGUACGCCAUCUACGGUCACAACCAAUACAACUUUCAGCAAUACUUUGUUAAAUACUUUGUUAAAUGCUCAGAAUAAUGCUACUAAUAUUAAGACACUUGACAAAGCAGAUAAUAUCGCCAAGCCUAUCUACGAACCAAUUGAAUCGCCAAACACAUCCGCGGAAAUAUCCGAACAGGAACACGAUCCGAUACCAGACUUCGUGCCGGUCAUACCAUUGCCCGCAAAAGUGAAAGUUACUACCGGUGAAGAGGACGAGGAUACAUUAUAUUGCAGUCGGGCCAAGUUGUUCCGUUUUGUCGAUAAGGAAUGGAAGGAGCGUGGCGUCGGUUAUGUAAAACUGCUACGCAAUCUAGAGGGUAAGGUACGCUUGCUGAUGCGUCGCGAUCAAAUUCUAAAGAUUUGUGCGAACCACAUGCUGAGACCAGAUAUGGAAUUGACUCCCAUGUCAAACAACAACAAGGCCUUGUUUUGGGUAGCUAAUGACUUUGCCGACGAAGAAGUAAAGCUGGAGAAACUUUGUAUCAAGUUCAAGACUGCUGAAGAAGCGAUGGCAUUCAAGGAGGCCUUUGAUCAAGCGAAAUUCAGCUUGAUUGCAACAUCUUCGGAAAAAAUCGCUGAUAAAACUUCCUCCAAUGAUUUGUCCCAGAUUCACAAAGCACAACUACAACCAGCUAAGAUAAUUCCAACAACAGAAGCAGCAUCGGACAAAUCAAAAUCAGGCACGACAACGCUAGGAGGAUUUUCUUUCAGUUCAAAACCCAUCAUUCAGGAAGUUAAAGAUGCCGAGGUAAUUGACUCUAAGAAAUCUGAAGAAGCGCCGAAAGUCAGUCCGUUCAGCGGAUUUACGUUCAAGUCACAUAAUAAAUCUGAAAUCGCAAAAAUCACAACAACCGUAACGAGCACCUCGACGCAAUCGGCAAAAUUUCUUUUCUCAACUUCAGCAUCGAUUUCGCAGUCCUCUGAUUUGAGUUUAACGCCCAACGCAUCACCGAUAUUUACCUCACCCGCAACGUCUGGUCAGAAUUCCACGGCAUUGAGGAGACCUCGUUUGCCACCACCUGGCGCUAUAAAAUCGGGAAUCAACGAAGAAAUACAGCCGCAGUCUGAAAAUGAAUGGAAAUUAUUUAAUGGAACAGCAAGUCUUCAAUGUCAAUGUAGCAGCAACAGCAAGUGGAAAAAUAAAGGUACAGGGCCAAUAAUACUAUUAUUGGACACGAAAUCCGGUAAGAUUCGUUUGUUAUUGACGGACGACAAAAGCUCCAAGGUUUAUGGUCAUGGAAUACCCCUGGAUAUGGCAUUUACAUAUAAGAACGGUACUACAGUUGUUAAUUGGACCGUUCCGGGAGAUAUCAAGGAACCUGGUAAAACUUGGUCAUUACACGCCGCAACCUUCAACACUUCGGAAUUAGCUUCACAGUUCUAUAAUAUUAUAUCGAGCUGUCAGCAAAAGCUAGCCAAGGGCUGCAAUCCGAAUGAAGUUGCGAAGGAACUUGAGAAGAAAGCAUCGUCGAGCGACAACAAGGAUCAAAAUGUACAGGUAAAGCCUCACUCCGCAUCAUUGUUGUCACAAUUAUUCAAGCCGCCAGUUGGUUCCUGGGAAUGCAGCAGCUGUUAUAUUAGAAACAAAGCUACAGAUAUGAAGUGCGUAGCUUGCAACGCUCUGUCGCCAUCUUCGACAGCGAGUCACAAGAGCAGCUCUACAAUCGCUAAUAGCAAGCCUAUCGAUUCCGACAAACUGCCAUUGGCAGAAUUGUUUAAAUCGCCCUCCGGUUCCUGGACCUGUCCGAACUGCCAUAUCACCAAUUUCAGCACAAACAUCUAUUGCGUUGCCUGUGAUAAGCCUAAGGAUCCGUCACAACCGCCCAAGCCGCAGCAGACCAACAUCUUCCAAGUGUCUUCUUCCAACGCAUCGCCGCCUAAAACCAAGUUCUCUUUUGGUAUUCCUAAGGACGCCGCCAAGGAGGCUACUGAUACCGGUUUCAGUUUUCGGAUGUUGAAAACAGAGGAUAAUAAAAGCGCGGUUGAUAGUACGAAAACGGCUAACUUCGUGUUUGGAAUGCCUGUGAAAACCACUACUAACUCGGGUGACUCGCCAUUUACUUUCGGUUCUCCCACCAAGUCGUUCGGCUUUAACUUUGCGGCCAAAUCGCCUGCUAAAUCACCUGGCGGUGCCGGUGGCGAGACCAGUGAGGAUGAGGUAGUAGAAAGUGAUGACGUUCAUUUCUCGCCAGUUAUACCAUUACCGGACAAAAUCGAGGUGAAAACCGGCGAAGAGAACGAGGAGGUGCUCUACAGUCAUCGGGCGAAGCUGUUUAGAUUUGACACUACGGUGAAGGAAUGGAAAGAACGUGGAUUAGGUGACAUUAAGUUGCUGCGUCACAAGGAGACUGGUAAACUGCGGUUGAUCAUGCGACGGGACCACGUGUUGAAACUGUGCCUAAAUCAUCAUUUGUCCGGCGAAUUAGAGUUCACACCGAAGGACGAGAAAACAUGGCUGUGGACUACGGCAGAUUAUAGCGAUGGCGAGAUCGAAUAUAUGCAGUUUGCUUGUCGUUUCAAAACAUCUGAAAUCGCGACGAAUUUCAAAAAGGUAAUUGAUGAUGCUAGAAAGAACGUUAUAUCUAACUUAUCAUUAACUAGCAGCAAAAGCGAAAAAGUGGAUAAAUCUGCAACAAUAAAAACACCGACACAGACAAAUUGCUUACCAGUCGAAGAAGUCGAAAUCAUCUACGAGACCAAAGUCACUUCAGAAGAGAAAGCGGCUGCCUUAGAAUUACAAUUACCAGAGAACUUUUAUGCUUAUAAACAAAAGGAAGAUUGUCCCGGCUGCAGAGGCUGUAGAAAACCGAGUAUAGUAUUAUACCCGGAUGUCGCUACAACACAAGAUUCAACGAGUUGGAAGCCCACAUCGGAAGAGAAGACGAUAAUUUUACCGAAACUCGCUCCAAGUGUGUCGGGCGACUCUAAAAGUAUUGAUACUACUCAAAAUGCAACGCAGCCUACAUCUGUAAAAAAUGGAUUUUCUUUCACGACACUUACUCCAACAACGUUCAUGUCACCUUCGACCACAUCGAGCAUUUUUGACAGUUCCGCAAUGAGCUUUGGUACUGGCGAUCUAAAGCUGUUUAACGAUAAAAAAACUACAACUUUCUCAUUUGGCAUGAAUUUGCAGUUCAGCAACAGCGAAACCGCGACAAGUACUUCGCUUGAGAAUGUCAAGAUCUGCAGUCCUUCCAAUGUUGAAACCGCGCAAACAACUACUUCUAAUACAGCUGUUCAAUCGAUAUUUGGCCAAACGACAUCGACCGCGUCCAUUUUUAAAACGCCUACUUUCAACUUAGAUACUGGCAAAAAUAUUUUCGGUAGCGCCACGAAUGCGACUUUGUCGAAAACGUCUAUAUUCGGAGGGAACAGCGAUGGUAACUCCUUCAAUGCCGCGAAGACAACUUCCACUGCCGCUACUACGACGAAUUCCAUUCCGAAGACAUCAUCAUCGACCAUAACUACCACUAUGGGAACUGGUUCUUCGUUUGGAACUGGUCUGUUCGGUUCGGCAAUCACACAGCCAACUACCAAAGCGAACGACACUAUCACCGCCGCCACAUCAGCAGUUAAUCUGUCGAAUAACUCGGUGUUCAAUACUAACACUACUUUUUCUAAGAUGACAUUUGGUGCUUCAUCAUUCGGUAAUUCUACAAUGACGACAAGCAUUUUUAAUACAACACCGGCAAUGAUGACGAACCUCUUCAAUUCACCACCAUCAACGAUGGCGACGAACAUCUUUAAUGCACCACCGGCAACGAUGACGACGAAUAUCUUUAGUACAUCACCGGCAACGACAACAUCAAAUGUUUUCGAAACAAAACAGUCAGAUAAUACCCAAAAGAAUGAUGACGGCCCUUUCUUCUCCAAGAACACCGUAUCGUUUACGGCACUUGCUUCGGCGGCGGCAAAACCGGAAGCCUUCAAAGUUGAUCCUAACUUUUCAUUCGCCGGUGCGGGAUCAGCGGUAUUUGGUUCGAAAUCUACCACAUCGUCAUCACUGAAUAGCUCAGCAUCUGUUCAGAAUAAAUCGCAAGAUUCCACGCAAAAAGAGGAUAAUGAAGAGGAUGAUGGUGAAGUGGAUAACGAACAGGAGCACGAUCCUCAUUUUGAACCUAUUGUACCUUUACCAGAUGCCAUUGAAGUACGAACUGGCGAAGAAGAUGAAGAGAAAGUGUUCUGCAAUAGAGCCAAGUUAUAUAGAUACGAUAACGCUACGAAGGAAUGGAAGGAGCGCGGUGUGGGUGAAAUGAAAAUUCUGUAUCAUGCGGGUCACGGCAGCUACCGGUUACUGUUACGUCGUGAACAAGUUCACAAGGUCGUUUGUAACUUUCUCGUCACUCCCGACGUGGAGUUUCGUCCACUCUCCACAUCGCAUCAGGCUUGGAUGUGGGCCGGCAUGAAUUAUGCUGAGCAAGAACCCUGCGCUGAGCAAUUAGCGGUUAAAUUUAAAUCGCCCGAUUUGGCUCAGCAAUUUAAGGCACAUAUUGAUAAGAUUCAACAAGAAUUACAUGAAAAGAAAAAUACUCAAGGUGAAAGGUGUGUCGGCGAAGUGGAAGAGAGUGAAGAACACGAUCGAAAUGACGCGAAUGAAGCAGAAGAUGACGAAGAGGAAGACGAAGAAGAUGAUCAGGAAAUGAUACUCAUAAUUGAGAAACGUGCCACUGUAUUUGCAAGAUGGCCGAAUGAAACUAAAUGGGAAAUAGUAGGCUUAGGAAAUCUGGCGAUUCAUUAUGAUUCCGAAAUUUACGCGGAAAGAAUCUUGCUGAAGCUCGACGACUCGGAAGAGUAUGCAAGUAAUACUAUCAUUAGCAUGGAUUCAGAGAUGCAGGUGGAAGGCAAAGAAUGUAUUUGGAGUGGGAUCGAUUACGCUUUAGAUCCUCCAGUGAGAAGAGUUCUAAAAGCAGUCUUCUCAUCGAUACAAGCAGCACAAGAAAUACAUACGUUUUUCGAAGAUGGAGUGGAGAGCGCGAAGCAAGUCGGUGUCGCCGAAUAUCAAGAAGAAGAUUUAGGAUCUUGAGCUAAUAUAAGUAGUUGAUAAUUGAGAGACAACAGGCAUAUUGUUAUUAUAUAUAAUUAUCUUCCUAUUAUAAUAUAAAUGUAAACAUGCUGUUUCUUGUCGUUCCUCCUAAGUUAUAAUGAUAAGUAAAAAAAACACACAUGCUAGAGUUUUACGUACAGCUUCGUCUUUCUUUUUUUUUUAGAAUCAAGACAGGGAUUUGACAAAUACAAUAAUUAUCUGUAUACGCAUGUGGAGAAGUGCAAAUUCUCGUAGUAAUAAUUUAUAUGCUACGAAAAAAUUUUUAUUUAUAACAAGAAAUAGAAAAGAGAC